UGAUUUUCAAAGUGCGCAAAUUCGUACAACUUAACCUUUUCUCUUGCUUUGCAUGAUAUAUAUACAUAUAUACAUAUCGGUUAAUACUUUUUUGCAUAUUUAAAUGAUAUCCCCUGUCGAAUGUCUGUCGCCCGUUACGCAUAUUUGUUCUGCCUGCUGUCGCAGACCGGGGUCAGUUGUCAAUUUGAAAAGUAGUGUGUGAGGAAUGCGAAUGAAACCUUAGAAAUUAAUUUAUCACACUUUUGCAGUGCCGCCCCGCCUCGCAUUCGUGUAAAUAACUUUGUUUUGCUACAAAAGAACCAUAAACCAAAGAAAUUCCCAGCAUUUAUUGCAUAAUGCGAUCAGGUUUAUUUUAAUAAAUUCGGAAAAUUCGAAAAAUGACAUGGACUGCAGAGCAAUGUGUCGCAAAACACUGCACUACAUACUCGUAUUACCUACUAUUAAAAUUCAAAGUUAAGUUGUGUGUUCAUAAUGCAAAAAAUUAUUAAUCAAUUGGGAAAAUACAAAUGCCUGAUUGCAGUCGCAAUCAUUCUGCAUAUAGUCGAGAAAUCGAUUUUGCUGUGCAAUUGUGUUCAUGGUUUCAGAAACAAUACGGAGAGCGCCGAGCUGGUUUCCCAUUACGAAUCGAGUCUAUCGCUGCCCGACAUAUUGCCAAUACCUUCGAAAACAUACGAUAAGAAUCGUGCCCCCAAGCUUUUGGGUCAACCAACAGUGGUUUACUUCCAUGUAACCGUACUUUCCCUGGAUUCAAUUAAUGAGGAAUCCAUGACCUACGUGACGGACAUAUUUCUUGCACAAAGCUGGCGCGAUCCUCGACUAAGAUUACCCGAGAACAUGAGCGAACAGUAUCGUAUCCUGGAUGUGGAUUGGCUGCACAGUAUUUGGCGGCCCGAUUGCUUCUUUAAGAAUGCGAAAAAGGUCACUUUCCACGAGAUGAGCAUACCGAAUCACUAUCUUUGGUUAUAUCAUGACAAAACGCUGCUCUACAUGUCGAAGCUAACGCUGGUUCUGUCCUGUGCCAUGAAAUUCGAAUCCUAUCCGCACGACACACAAAUCUGUUCCAUGAUGAUUGAGAGUUUGUCCCAUACAGUGGAGGACUUGGUCUUUAUUUGGAAUAUGACCGACCCACUUGUGGUCAAUGCGGAGAUAGAGCUGCCACAAUUGGACAUUUCCAACAACUAUACGACGGAUUGCACUAUAGAGUACUCAACCGGCAACUUCACCUGCCUAGCCAUUGUGUUCAAUUUGAGACGACGUUUGGGCUACCACUUAUUUCAUACAUAUAUUCCCUCUGCUUUAAUUGUGGUCAUGUCGUGGAUAUCCUUUUGGAUUAAGCCGGAAGCCAUACCGGCUCGAGUCACCCUCGGCGUAACAUCCUUGCUCACACUGGCCACUCAGAACACCCAGUCCCAACAGUCGCUGCCGCCCGUGUCGUAUGUCAAGGCGAUAGACGUCUGGAUGUCAUCCUGCUCAGUGUUUGUCUUUCUAUCCCUGAUGGAGUUCGCUGUUGUGAACAACUUCAUGGGCCCCGUGGCCACCAAGGCCAUGAAAGGCUAUUCGGAUGAGAAUAUAACUGAUAUGGACGAUCUAAAGCAUCACCAUCGUGAAUCGAUCAUUGAGCCUCAAUACGACACUUUCUGCCAUGGCCAUGCUACAGCCAUUUAUAUAGAUAAAUUCUCGCGCUUUUUCUUCCCAUUCUCGUUCUUCAUACUCAACAUUGUCUACUGGACAACGUUCCUAUGAUGAAUGAUGAAGGAAGCGACGAUAUACACUGCAAACACUUCGAAGCGAUAAUAAAUACCAAUCAAAUACCAAGCGCAUUUGUUUAAAAAUGUAUAUUAUAUCGUUUUUAGGCCACAAAUAAUUGCAUUAAAAAUAUGUAUUAUAUAUUGAUUUACUAUAUGUAUAUGGUAAUAAAUAAAGCAAAGCGUUUAAUCAUA